CGGCCCCGCCGCCGCCGCCGCCAUGGAGGAGCCGCUGCCGCCGCCGCUGCCGCUGCCCCAGGCGGCCCCGCCGCCCGCCCCGCCCGACACCGCGGUGCCCGCGGCCUCGGUGGAUGGCGAGCCGGCGGCCGAGGCCGCCCCCGAGUGGAACAUCCCGCCCAACGCGCCCGCCUGCAUGGAGCGGCACCUGGAGCGCGCGCACUACCGCGCAGACGGGGCCCUGCUGCUGGGCGCCUCCGGGCUGAACGGGCGCUGCUGGACCGGCUCGCUGUGGGUGUUCGCGGAGCCCCGGCGCGCCCCCAGCGAGGGCUUCUGCACCGCCGGCGUGCAGACCGAGGCGGGGGUGGCUGACCUGUGCUGGCUGGCGGACAGGGGCAUCCUGGUGGCCUCCGACUCCGGUGCAGUGGAGCUCUGGGAGCUGGAGGAGAACGAGAGCCUCAUCGUGAACAAGUUCUGUAAAUACGAGCACGAUGACAUCGUGACGUCGGUGUCUGUCCUGGCUGGCAGCAGCCAGGCUGUCAGCGGGGGCAGGGAUUUCUGCGUGAAGGUCUGGGACAUCCCGGAGCAAAUGGUGCUGCACUCCUACAGAGCUCACUCCGAUGCAGUGACAUGUGUGGCUUCCUGUCCUGGUAAGGACACUGUGUUCCUGUCCUGUGCUGAGGACAACAGAAUUUUACUGUGGGACACGCGAUGCCCCAAACCAGCUACCCGAAUUGUUUGCAGUGCCUGUAAUUACCUCCCUACCUCAGUCUUGUGGCAUCCACAGAAAACUGACAUCUUUGUCUUGGGUGAUGAAAGUGGAACAGUUGCACUGGUGGACACAAAGAAUCCUGACUCUGCCCUGAGCGCUGCCGUGCACACCCGAGGCAUCACAGGCUUUGCUUUCUCUGCACACAGUUCACCCUUACUGGCUUCCAUCAGUGAAGACUGUUCAGUUGCUGUUCUUGACUCAGACCUCUCAGAGGUGUUCAGAAACCGUUCUCAUCGAGACUUUGUGAAAGGCUUGUCCUGGUCUCCUUCAGAUGAUGCCUUGCUCACUACAGUUGGAUGGGAUCAUCAGGUUUUACAUCACACUGUCCCCCUACCAGCUGGUGAAGCUUCUGGAAUCAACUGUGUAAAAGAAUAGUUUUAUAAACUCGUGGUCCAAGUUCCUUGCUGGCAUCACUUUGAUUCUGCUGAAGUCGCAGGUGUGUGAGCUGGAGUGGGCUCUGUUGUCUGCCUCAAAGCUUGUGGCUGAGAAGGUUCCUGUAGUAAUUUUGAAUUAGGCUUAAGUUAGUUACAAACCAAGCUUUACCCUCUCCUCAGGAGUUGCUUCUCCUGCAAUAAAGGACUUUGGUUUUACUCAGAAAAAAAUUGACUUCAGGCACAGAGGAGACUUAGCAAGACAGGGAAUUAGGUGUCAUGAAAAAGAAAUAAAGUCAAAAAGACUUGAUUCUUUCCUCAGUUCUCCAGACUACCCAUGGAAUUAAGAGAAGCUUUGGGGGAGUUGGGUAGAUGUGAGAGCCUCACCCUUGAGCAAAGUUUUUUGCUCUGUAAAUAAGGUGGAAUGAAAAGACCUGUUGGGAUCCAAGGGCUGGAGGGGAUCCAGCGUUGUCCUUAGUGGUGGAGAGGAUGGAGCCUCUGGUGAGCACUGCUUGUGCACUGGUGUCAGAUCCCAGUGUUUGGUGUCAGGACGUGAAGUGAGGAUCCCAGCUGGAGCCCUGGGAUGGUGCUGGAGUCCUGGGGUGCCCAGCAUGUGCUGGCCCCAGCUGAGGGCAGUGCCAGGGGCUGGCAGCCAGGAGGGAGCAGUGCUGUGCUCUGACACCCUGGGUGCUGUGCUCUGAUUGACACCCUGAGUGCUGUGCUCUGACACUGUGGGUCAUCUCCUCUGUGCUGAAGGCAACUUACUCCAGGAUAAUACCUGUGAACAAAAGGUUUAUGUGAAAACUGGCCUAAGGACUUCAGUUGUCAUUUGCUUGCUCCUGUACCAGACUCUGCUUAGUGAUAACCCAGAUCCGUGCACUCGUGACUCCUUGUGCUGGCACUGAGGGGACAGGACAUGGCCCUGCCCCCCAAACCAGACUCCACAGAACCCACAGAGGUGUUUUUGUCAAAUACCACAUACAUUUCUAACCCAGCUGUUUCCCUGGAACACGUUGGCCUGGAGAAAGUCACUGCUCUGCCUGCAUUGCUGCUGCUCUAGUUAUGGCUUGCUCUGGCCUAGUAUUUCCUAGACAGAAUUAAGCAAGUCCUGACUGAUGAAACAAAAAUGUGCUGAAAUGAAUGCUACCCCCAGUUCUUUGGUAUGAUAGCAGCACUUCAAUGUACACUGCUUCCAGUUUUUAUCUCUGCAUACACAUAGGUUUAGUUGUGCAAAGCCCACAAUUAAUUUUUAGGCAGACUAAGCUUUCCCAGGCUCUGUACUCUUUGUGAACCUCCCUGCUUUUUAAAUUCCCUCCCUGCUUUUUAAAUCCCCGUGUCUUACAGGUGUUCACAGCAACUUCCUGUUCUAGGGCAGUGUAUGACAGGUGGUAAAUGAUGACAAAAACUGGCACAUUUCCUCAGAAGUGCCCCUGAACCACCAAGUCCCCUGUUAGGGACCUGUGAUGCUGUACUGAACCAGGUCUUGUGCUGGUUCUGAAAAAGGUGUCUUGGAAGAUGAUUUUCAUUUGUAACUGGUUUAAGUUUCACUGGGCCACUUCUGUAGCACUGAAGAGCCAGCUGAGAUCAUCCACACAGUUCAAGUUGUGAUUUCAGUCCCUGAUAUUAAAACUGUUCUUAAAUAAAAGUUCACUGUAUUCCUGUUCAA